ACCACCGCCGCCGCCGCUAAGCUCCGUUCUGCAACAGCUUUAAGAAGGUUGACCAUGGAAGUGUCAGAAGUUCUUCCUAGGGCCCACUUUCAUUUACCUCGCACACUCAAUUCCCUUCUUGCCCCUGACAGGUACACUUGCCGUGAUGUUUCUGUCAGAAAUGUGUGCAGAUUUGCGCUUUCUGUAGGAACCUGUUGCUCCCUAAUGAGUCCUGUAAUGUCCGUGAAGAAAGGUCAUUCAGUCACUACUUCAAAGGAAUUGUGCUCGGUUGUUUGGACCAUAGAAGCUGAUUUAGAAGUUGGUCAGCUUCUCUAUGUUACCGGAGAACCUCUCUCAUUAGGUGUUUGGCAGCCGAAUAUGGCUCUCCCAAUGUCUCGUACCGAACAUGAAAAUCUGUGGGAAACAGAAGUCAUGAUUCCUUCAGGUGUCAACCUUAAGUAUAAUUAUUUCAUCAAAGACGAAAGACAGCCUUCAGGUGACCUCAUCUGGAGACCAGGCCCUGAAUUUUCUUUAUCCAUUCCUCUAGAUGUCAAGCAAGAUAGAAAAAUUAUGGUAAAAGAUUCAUGGUUGAAGUAUAACAUUAAAAGAUAUCCACCUGAGGUAUGGGAUUCAUGGAUAGGGGAGAUGGAUGUACCAGUGCAACCUUUAAUUUCUGCUGAAACCAGAGAUGAGCAUCAGAUUGUGACCAACUUUGAUGUUAAUUUAGAAAAACCCAAGGAGUUCCUGAAUAAUCUCAAAUCUGAUGACGAAUCGUAUGUUAGCAAUAAGCACAUAAGUGGUGCUAAAGACAGCAGACAAAACUUGGUUUUCUCUGAACGAGACCAGCCUCUUGAAGAGCCGUGGUUACUCGAACGGUCGAUCAUCCUUCUUGUCACCAAAGAUGAGAUCAUGCCAGAUAAAUUAGAAAGCAAUGACACUGCAGACAAUAAUGCAAUGCAAUAUGACGACGGUAGGCAACAUCUUCAAGUUAAAGAUAUGUUGUCAUCUGAUAAUGGUACUAAUCUCAUUUUGAAGGAUGAUUCUGUUUCUACUAUCAUAUUGAUUAAUUCUUCAAUAUGUACCAUGCAAAGGAUUGCUGUAUUGGAAGAGGAGAAAUUGGUCGAGUUAUUACUGGAACCAGUUAAAACAAAUGUCCAGUCUGAUAGUGUGUAUCUUGGGGUGGUUACAAAAUUUGUACCCCAUAUGGGGGGUGCAUUUGUAAAUAUUGGGCAUUCCAGACCUUCUCUAAUGGACAUAAAGCAAAACAGGGAGCCAUUCAUAUUUCCACCCUUUAAUCAGAAGACAAAGAAAGGUAAGGUCAUUGGAUCUGGGCUUGAAUCUUCUGAAGAGCAUCAAGAUGUUGAAGACAUUAAUGAUGUUGCAGAGUUCAUCUCCCCAAAAGGUUUGAUACCAUUUCUACAGGAUGACCAUGAGGAGCAUGACGCUGAUGAAGAUUUUGAUAUUUCAGAUGUCAAGGAUAACGUAAAUGGCAGCAUCGUUGAUUAUGGUCAAGCAAACACAAACAUUGUGCACCUUUUGGGCGGAGUGGAACAGCAUUUAGAAGGUGAAGUUAAGAACAGGCUUGUUCCUUUGGAAACAGAAGGAUCAAAUGGUUCUCUAAUUUCUCACCCAGAAGACAGGAAGGAUUCUGAUCACAGAGCUUAUGAAAAUAAGUGGAUUCAAGUCCGUAAAGGCACCAAAAUUGUUGUACAAGUUGUCAAAGAGGGAUUGGGUACAAAAGGUCCUACUCUGACUGCUUAUCCAAAAUUGAGAAGCAGAUUCUGGGUAUUGCAUGCAAGAUGUGAUAGAAUCGGAAUCUCCAAAAAAAUUUUGGGCAUUGAGCGCACGCGACUAAGAGUAAUAGCUAAAACUUUGCAGCCUGCUGGUUUUGGUCUCACUGCAAGGACUGUUGCUUCUGGUCAAUGUUUAGAGGAAUUGCAGAAGGACUUGGAAGGUUUACUUUCGACUUGGAAAAAUAUAUUGGAACAUGCAAAAUCUGCUGCUCUUGCAGCGGAUGAAGGGAUAGAAGGGGCCAUUCCUGUUAUACUUCAUAGGGCAAUGGGUCAAACUCUCUCAGUUGUUCAGGAUUAUUUUAAUGAAAAGGUUAAGAAAAUGGUGGUUGACUCCCCAAGGACAUAUCAUGAGGUUACAAAUUACCUUCAGGAAAUAGCUCCUGAUCUUUGUGAUCGAGUGGAGUUGUAUGAUAGAAAAGUUCCUCUUUUUGAUGAUUUCAAAAUUGAAGACGAGAUCAACAAUAUUAUUAGCAAAAGGGUUCAACUCCCUAAAGGAGGCUCUUUGGUGAUUGAGCAAACAGAAGCGCUAGUCUCAAUUGAUGUGAAUGGGGGACACGUAAUGUUUGGUCAAGGGACUUCACAAGAGAAAGCUAUUCUAGACGUAAAUCUGGAAGCUGCAAAACAAAUUGCAAGGGAAUUACGGCUGAGGGAUAUUGGUGGUAUUAUUGUGGUGGACUUCAUAGAUAUGGUAGAUGAUUCAAAUAAGAGAUUAGUUUAUGAAGAGAUGAAGAAAGCUGUAGAGAGAGACCGAUCAACAGUUAGAGUUUCCGAAUUGUCGAAACACGGUCUUAUGGAAAUUACUAGAAAGAGGGUUAGACCCAGUGUUACUUUUAUGAUUAGCGAACCUUGCACUUGUUGUCAUGCUACUGGGAGAGUUGAAGCUUUAGAGACCUCCUUUUCGAAGAUUGAGCAAGAAAUUUGCCGUUCGCUUGCAAUGAUGGACCAGAGGGCAGAUCCUGAAGACCCCAAGACUUGGCCAAGAUUUCUCUUAAGGGUUGAUCACCACAUGUGUAAUUACUUAACUGCUGGGAAAAGGACCAGACUUGCAAUCUUGAGUAGUUCUCUCAAAGUUUGGAUUCUAAUAAAGGUUGCUAGAGGCUUCACCAGGGGAGCAUUUGAGGUGAAACCAUUUACAGGCGAGCAAGCAAACGAAAAUCUGCAUCAAGCCACAAUAUCAUUGCUAAGACAAGCUGAGACGAGAACUAUUGAUUCAGGCAAAAAAGUAACACUCGUUCCGGUGAAAAAGGGCAAGGCUGGGAGGAAAUAAACCUGCCAAUUCUGUAUCAUCAUUCUUCCUAGAUUCUUUUAUAUCGUCACUGUAGUUUUCACAUUCAUGGCGGGCAGGAUUUCUGUACCUAUUUUGCUGAUAGUAGAAUCUUGAAACCAGUUAGUGUUGGUGUACUGCUACCGGUCGACCAAUUUUGCUAUGAGCAUUCUUCUUUAUGCAAUAUUAAUAAUAAUGCAGUUUUCGAA